AAUGAGGAAAGAAUAGCACAGACGAUCCCUGUGUGUGAAAAAAGAAUGGCUGCCAGUUUGUCUCUCUUGGAGGAGCACCUCUCUUGUCCCGUUUGCGGUGACAUCUUCAGGAACCCGGUGGUCCUCAAAUGCAGCCACAGCUUCUGUGAGGAGUGUCUGCAGAAAUACUGGAAGGAAAUGGAGAAUCCGCUGUGUCCCGUAUGCAAAAAAGAGUGUUCAUCUGAGGAGCAGAGUUUAAGCCUCGCCUUAAAGAGUCUCUGUGAUUCCUUACAGAACGGGGGUGAAAACAUCAGAUCUGAUAACAACUGCCAGCUGCAUGGGGAGAAACUUAAAAUCUUCUGUUUCGACGAUAAACAGCUCAUCUGUGUUGUCUGCUACACAUCAAAAAAACAUAAAGGUCAUGACUGUUAUCCCGUUGAGGAGGCUGUGCCGGAUUUGAAGAGUGAAAUCCAGGCUGUGGUUUCCACUUUGAAGAACAAACUAGAAAACAAGAACACAGCCAAGAUGUGUCAUCAAAGCUGGGUGGAGCACAUAAAGGGCCAGGCCCAAUUUGCAGAGGAGCAGAUCAGCAGGGAGUUUCAGAAACUCCACCAGUUCCUAGACGAGGAAGAGACGGCCAGGAUAGCUACCCUGAGAGAGGAAGAACGGCAGAAAUCUGAAGUGAUGCAAGAAAAAGCUGAGGCAUUGACCAGAGAGCUCACAACCCUUUCAGAGACGAUUGUAGUUAUAGAUAAGGAAAUGGAUGUUGACAAUAUCACAUUCCUGCAGAACUACAAGGCCAUACUUAACAGAGCCAAUUGCACAUUCCCAGAUACUGAAGAUACUCAGGUAGUGUCAGGAGCACUGAUUGACGUGGCCAAACAUGUGGGAUCUCUCAAGUUCAAAGUCUGGGAGAAGAUGCAUGAGUUUGUUGACUACACUCCUGUGACCAUGGAUCCGAACACAAUGUCCACUAAGUUCACACUCUCUGAUGACCUCACCACUAUGACAUACUGUGACGAGAGGCAGAGUCUCCCAGACAAUCCCGAAAGGUUUCUUAACGUAGGAGUGUUGGGUUCUGAAGGGUACAGUAAAGGCAUCCAUUACUGGGAUGUGGAGGUAGGAGAUAAUGAUAACUGGAUCUUAGGAGUAGCCAAAGAGUCCAUUCCACGCAAGAAGCAAGUCAAAAUGGAGCCUCAGAGUGGAUUGUGGAUCAUCAAACACAUCAGUGGCAAAUACAAAGCAUGUAUAAAAUUGCAUGUCCAGAUCAAAGUAGAUGAGAGCCCACAAGUGAUCCGAGUUCGACUGGACUGUGACAAAGGGGAGGUGACAUUCUGCGACAUCACCAAGAACACGACUCUCUACACCUUCAAAGACAAAAUCACUGAAAAGGUGUUCCCGUACUUUAAUAGUGGAAGUAAGAUUUGCCCACUGCGCCUUUUUGUAGCGGGAAAGGAGAAAACUAGCUAAUUGCCAGGGUCAAGUGAGGACAAACAUGCAAUUAUGUACUUACAUUAGCUGGAAGGUUGUGAAAAUUGUUUGACUAAAACUCAAUGUAAUUAAAAUCAAGACUUUCCUUUAAUAUAUUUUUUAAUUUUUAUUUAUUCGUUAUUUUACCAGGUAAGUUGACUGAGAACACAUUCUCAUUUACAGCAACGACCUGGGGAAUAGUUACAGGGGAGAGGAGGGGGAUGAAUGAGCCAAUUGUAAACUGGGGAUUAUCAGGUGACCGUGAUGGUUUGAGGGCCAGAUUGGGAAUUUAGCCAGGACACCGGGGUUAACACCCCUACUCUUACGAUAAGUGCCAUGGGAUCUUUAAAUGACCGCAGAGAGUCAGGACACCCGUUUAACGUCCCAUCCGAAAGACGGCACCCUACACAGGGUAGUGUAAUCACUGCCCUGGGGCAUUGGGAUAGUUUUUAGACCAGAGGAAAGAAUAAGACACUGCCAUCUCAGAAGGAAUGAACAAGUGUUUUAAGCAGUUGAUACAGUAUAUAUACAAAAAAUGUAAUGUCAGUAAUCAAAAUAAAUGAUAUGUAAGUUUCAAUUGCACCUUCCUAGUCAUUCAAUUAACACAUUCACAUAAAAAGUUUGAAUGUACUGUCAUUAAAGAUAUCAACCACUAGAUGGGGAUAUCCAGCUAUAUAUAUAUAUAUAUAUAUAUAUAUAUAUAUCAUACAAUGACAAUCCAUAUUAGGUUCCAAUGAGAUCCAGGUGGAUGGGUAAAGGGGUCUCACCCUAUAGUACUAUGAAUCUCUGAACUUGGAUUUCAGUUUUUGAUCAGGGCACAGGACCGUUUGUGGGCAGCUACUAGAUGGGUCCAGUGGCGACCCAUCAUUCAGGACAGUUGAGUUUUUUUCGUUUUGUUGCCUGUUUGCAUGUUAUUUUGGCAUUAAUACAGUAUGUGUCAUAUCAGUUUGCAAACAAUGUCAAUUAAAAAUGUCAUACAUUGAGUCAGUAAAGCUGCAUACAAACAUG